AGUGGUUUACAAGUGUGGCUAGAGGGAGUGAUGGUGUGUAACUCGGACGCUGGGGAUAGUGGGAGGAUGGUGAGCUGAUGGUGAUAGAGGCUCCCUCACUGAAUGAUCAACUGGUGCACCUCACCAGCGGGGCCCGGAUCACCAUCAACCAGGAGGGUGAGAGGAAGGCCGUCAGCUGCAGCUACAGUCGUGACGGACGCACCCCGGGCGUGUACUAUCCGGCCGAGCCGCGGGGACCCCAUCACCCCAAGCACGGGGCCGACACCAGCUGGAAGGAGGCGUGGAGUGGACUAGUGCAGCGUGUAGUGACCUCCCUGCAGGAGCCACUCGCCCGUGCCGGACACUACCUGGCCGGCCUAUCUCCUCCCUCCGGCAACGACACCGUCGACACCACGAAGAACUCCGCGUCUUCCAAGAUGUCCGGCGCCAAGAAAAACCCGCCGGCGCCCGCCUUGCACAAGGUCAUCAUGGUGGGCUCCGGCGGUGUCGGCAAGUCGGCACUCACUCUACAGUUCAUGUAUGACGAGUUCGUCGAAGAUUACGAACCCACCAAGGCUGAUAGUUACCGCAAAAAAGUUGUUCUGGAUGGUGAGGAGGUCCAAAUAGAUAUUCUUGACACGGCAGGACAGGAAGAUUAUGCUGCCAUCAGAGACAACUACUUCAGGUCUGGUGAGGGGUUCCUCUGUGUCUUCUCCAUAACAGAAGACGACUCAUUCCAAGCUACCCAAGAAUUCAGAGAACAAAUUCUGCGAGUGAAAAAUGAUGAGCAUAUCCCAUUUUUGCUAGUAGGCAACAAAGCUGACUUGACCGAGCGAAGGAAAGUGUCAGAAGACGAAGCAAAGAAUCGUGCUGGACAAUGGGGUGUGCCUUACGUAGAGACCUCGGCUAAGACAAGAGCUAAUGUUGACAAGGUUUUCUUUGAUUUGAUGCGUGAGAUUCGCUCUCGCAAAUUGGAAGACAAUAAGAACACCAAUGGCAAGGGUAAAGAUCCUGGCAAGAGGAAAAAACCCAAGUGCUGCAUUCUUUAGGCUUUUUAUGACCUGACCCGUUUGAUCUCUGCCAGCAAACAACAGGCAGACAGUCCAGCCGAGGCAGAAAACAAGCCGACCAAGUGCUGCUGCAUCUCGUAGUGAUUGUGUGCUCAAGACUUCACCGCCAUACACCCACUUUAUCAGUACCACCUAUCCAAGAUGUCAGCUUGAAACACAAUUAGAUUUAACUUAUAAAAUUCUCCUAAUUUGAAGAGCAGUGCUUAAAUUAAAUUAUAAAUAGAAAUAGUAAUUGCUUAAUAUAGGUGUAAUGUUGUAUUGAAGAAUUGUGAGUACAGAUUUCAUGAACCUUUGUUGAACAUCCAUAGGUGUAUUGAAGAUUUUAAAUAUAUGAUAUGGAGAAGGAUUGGCAUCAUGUGAUAGAAAAUGUUACCUUUAUUUACAUAAUUUCUAGGGCAUUUUCUUUUUGUUGGUAAGAGAUCGUAUCUGUGUUCAUGAUUCAUCUGUAUAUCUUGAUGAAACUGCCAAAUGACACUGUACAUUCGUGUUACAUGGGAAUAACCAGACAUUAGGGGUAGUUUGAACAUAAAUGUAUAAUGGUGUCGAUUUUACAUUUGAUAUACUCAUAGUGCUAAGUGUAUCUUUAUAUAGUGUACAAGUCAAAUGCUGACCUAUAUUUUGUUACUAUUUCUAUCAGUUCAGUGCUUACUAUAGAUGUAAGAUAUGAGCCAGUAAAACCAGCAUAUCCCAAUGAUGUGAGUAUGUGUGAUAUUGAUCAUUAGUUACACUUUUGCACGACAUUAGUUGCUCAAAAGAUGCAGCACGAGCUCUUUUGUUUUUGUCUGAACUUUAUUGACAUUUCUUUGUUGACAAAUGUCUGAAAUGAACUGUGAACUGUAACUACUAUUGUUAAUCAUUCCUUAUGUAUUUUGCUCUUCUUAUUUCUUGGCAUCAUACUUUGUUUUUCCAUAAAGUUAAUGAGCAUGGCACUGCUCUGCCUUUCAACUUCUAAACUUGAAUUAUAUCCUAUAAUUGUGAUUCAGGUAUUCUGAAAUUUAGAGGGUUUGCUAAGCCAUGUGUAGUUUCCAAAGAAUUUUAAAGCAUGUAAUCCUAACUCCCAAAGGAAGAUUAGUGUAUUAAGUGGGAUUGGAUCAGUUGUGCAUUCCAAAGAACCUUUCCAUUCCUCCUGCUUAGGACAUGAAUCAUCCUUCGCCACUUUCAACAUGAGAAGCAACAGUUCUUUGUAGGUUUUGUCUCCAAGCUACAACCAGCAUAUAUAUAUAUAUAUAUGUGUGUGACACGUACCACAUACCAGUACUGUACUUAUUCUGCCACUUGUCUUCAAACUGUACUCAAACGCCAAGGUCUUGGACCUGGUUAAUCACAUCGAUUACAAGACAUUAGAAGUAUAUUGUUAUUUUUUAUCCCCAUGUGUUUAACAUCAUUCAGUUACUGUAAACUUAUUAGAUCAUAACUUUAGCUUGUGAUUAACCAGGCCCUCAAAGUUAAGGGGUUGUAUAAGUGGAAGGUAACAUGAGACAAAGAAUUACAAAACAUUUCCUGUGCCUUUCAUUUAAUCUUAUUAACAGUACCAAGUAAAAUUUCCAGUGCCGUCUCCCAGCAUUGUUAGUUUAUGGAAAAAAAGAAAAAAAAAAGCCACCUCUGUAAUUUAUUGUGCACAGUAAUGGCAAUGACAUAGCAACUCUUACUUUUGAGUAAAUGCCACAAUAAGAUUAUAUAAUUUAUCGUGGAGACGUUUGUGACAUUUGUGUCUGUUAAUAGAAAGAAAUUCAUAUUAUGGCAUUUAUUUAAAACUUAUAAUAUGGAUUGUUUUAACCAAUCCAACAUUGUAAAGUAAAUAUAUUAUACUGUAUAUGGAAAUGUCCAUUUAAGUUGUAACUAUAAUUAUGGAUGCACAAAUAUUUUAGCUGCUAUGAUACCAAGGUACAAUUUUGGUUAGGUUGCAGCACAAUUUUUGUGAACAUUAGUUAUAGAAAAAUUGUGUGUUUACCAUACCUCAGAUUCCAAUGUAACGGUUAACUUAGAAAAACAAAAGAGAUAGUUUAUACCUAAGAGGAAGUGCUGAUGAUGUUAUUCAAAACAACCUCUAGUCAUGCUUGUCAAGUGGCACAGGUUCUUUGCCAAAUUAACAAUGACUACCAAUAUGAUUACAAAAAAGACCAGUAUGUUGACCAUGCAAGAACAUUUCCAACAUAGGAGAGCUAACUGUGAAUGUUUUGCUUUUAUUUACCUAUUUUAGUCACAGUUUGUACAUUGAUUAUGUAAUAUAUAUGUCCGAAAGAA